GGGACACGGCGGGACAGCGGGACACGGCGGGACACGGCGGGACAGAGCCCUCCGGAGAGCACCCCCGGCUCCCGUGGGGACAGCCCCCCCCCACCCCGCCGGGGCAGCGGCCUGUCCCGUGUGGGGGCCGCCGGCGCUGCCCGGCGGGAACCCCGGGAGCCCUGGGGAAGGCGAGCUUGGUGGUGUGGAAUGAGAGCCACGCAGCGCCUGUUCGGGUACAAUGGCUGCAGUAGCCCAGAAGCACUUUUUGGAGGGGCAGACAUACUCAGUCCCGCUGAUCCAACCCGAUUUACGCAGGGAGGAGGCUGUUCAGCAGGUGGCAGAUGCACUUCAGUACCUGCAAAAGGUGUCUGGUGAUAUAUUCAACAGGAUCUCUCAGCGGGUGGAGGCCAGCCGGGCACAGCUUCAGGCCAUUGGUGAGAGAGUCACACUCGCCCAAGCGAAGAUUGAGAAGAUAAAGGGCAGCAAGAAGGCUAUUAAGGUAUUUUCCAGUGCCAAGUACCCGGCCCCUGAACGGCUGCAGGAGUACAGCUCAAUUUUUGCUGGUGCAGAAGACCCAGCUAAACAGAAAGGGCCAAGACACAAGAUUCAGAGCAAACACCGAAUGCUGGAUGAGAAAGCUCUGCAGGAAAAGCUCAAGUAUUUCCCCGUGUGCGUGAGCACCAAAAUUCACCAGGAGGAUGAUGCAGAAGAAGGCCUUGGCAGCCUUCCCAGGAACAUCAGCUCCCUCAGCUCCCUGCUACUCUUCAAUACCACUGAGAACCUGUACAAGAAGUAUGUUUUCCUGGAUCCUCUGGCUGGAGCAGUGACCAAGACCCAUGUGGCUCUGGAAACAGAGACAGAAGAGAAGCUCUUUGAUGCUCCUCUCUCCAUCACCAAAAGGGGACAGCUGGACCGACAGGUAGCUGAAAAUUACUUCUACGUGCCAGAUCUGGGCCAGGUCCCUGAGAUUGAUGUGCCAUCCUACCUGCCAGACCUGCCUGGCAUUGCUGCAGAUCUCAUGUACAGCGCUGACCUGGGCCCUGGCAUCGCACCGUCUGCCCCAAGCAGUGCUAUUCCAGAGCUGCCCACCUUCAACACUGAGUUGGUGGAGCCUUUGCAACCAGAUCUUCAAGAUGCUGAACUAUUGCCACCUCCUCCCCCUCCGCCUCCCCCACCGCCUCCUGUUGUGCCAACCACUGUGCCUCCUCCUCCACCCCUGCCCCAGCCCACGGCCCCCUCGGAGCCGGCACGCACAGCGAGCGAGGAGAGCAGCAACACAGUGCCUGCAGCUUCUGUCCAGGGAGCCCCAAAGGAGGUGGUGAACCCCUCUACUGGGCGUGCCAGUCUCCUGGAGUCCAUCCGCCAGGCUGGUGGCAUUGGGAAGGCCAACCUCCGCAGUGUCAAGGAGAGGAAGCUGGAGAAAAAGAAACAGAAGGAACAGGAACAAGUGAGAGCUACGGGACAAGGUGGAGAUUUGAUGUCAGACCUCUUCAACAAACUGGUGCUGAGGCGCAAAGGUAUUUCAGGGAAAGGGCCAGGAGCCUCUGGGAAUGCCGAUGCUCCAGGCAGUCCUGCUGGUGCCUUUGCUCGCAUGUCGGACUCGAUACCACCCCUCCCACCCCCACAGCAGCCCGUGGGUGAGGAUGAUGAAGAUGACUGGGAGUCAUAGAUGGGGUCAGUUGAGCAUUAGUGUCAAUCUGCUGCUGUCUGAAAAAUUUCAAUAAAGUUGAAGGAAGCAGGUCCUUCCACCUUCACUUUGGUAAAAGUGGGAAGUGUCAUCAAAGAUGUGGAAAGGGAAAGCCCAGCUGUCCACUCAUGGCUGGCAGAGACCAGCCUUACAGCCCAGCACCACCAGCUUCUAGAAGCAGGUGCCCCCCUCUCCCUCUUUGCCUGGGGUGAAGGCAGAGCUUGUGCAGGGUUUGUACCCUCUGAAGGGGCAGGAGACUCACAAUGGAAGUUUAUCAUAGGCAGCUGUUUCUUUCCCUAUGGGGCUGAUUAACACACAGGGAGUAGGUAACAGCUCUUGUGUCAUAAUUAUAAGUACUUUCUUCAUUGUGAAGAGCCUUGAGAGGCAGCAUCCAGCUGCUGAAACUGGCAGAGAGGAAAAGGAAGCUCCUGGGAAGAAACUUGCUCAGAAUGACAGAACAAGCUGGGGGCGGCUGUGGGAUGAUGUAGCUGUCCCUGUUGUUAUUGCUGCCCUCCAGCACUGACCUAUAACCUUGGAAAGAACUCCAGGAAUGUUAACCUAAAAAAGUUACCUUGAAUUGAAAAACUUAAGCAGUAGAAAGAACAGAGCAACCCUGUGCUUAAGCAUGAUCAAAGGAGAAAUGCUGUAUUAUGGCCAUAUCUUUAUUCCCCUGGAAAGAACAAACCGCUCCUUGAAUCUACUGACUGCUUGAAGCAAGAGCUGCCCUGUGUCUUUCUUACCACUCCAGCUAUGUUAUUCCAAAGGACACAAACUAAUGGUCUGCUAGUUUACAAUUCCUGUGAAAAGCUCUAUGUUGUCAUUGGCCAUCAGGCCUCCUACAUGUGGUGGUUGAUGGGAAAAAACAGAUGUAUUCAGUUAAAAUAAUUAUACUCCCCACACUUAAUGUUUGUUUUGGUUGAAAGUAUUUAAUCAAUUUAAAUAAAACCUUAACAGCUGUAAACAAAUAGAAACCUGCUGCUACUCCCUUCACCUGCCUCAGACCUACAGCCAGUUUCCCUCCUGGUUAUGGUGCUGAAGGCUGUCUCACCGUCGUAGUGCUCAGAUACUGAACAGCAAACAUCCACAAAGGAGGCAGAAAUUUACAUAGUCCAUGUACAGAAAAACAGAAACUUGUGUUGCUUCACCCAUUUUUCAGAGGUGUAACUCACAGAGGUGAAUACCGUCUGUUCUCUGGCCCACGUCACAAAGCAUCCAACUUCCCUCGAUGGAACUGAGAACACACAAAACCAGACAGUUUGUCCCUGGCUUUACUCUAAAGGGAAGACUUGAGAUAAGUCCAGAUGAGCACAGUGGGAAAUGGCUGGGGGAGCAGUACAUGAGAUAGGAGUUCUGACCUUUCUUAAUUCUGCAAAUGCCGAUCCAAAGGCAGGUUUCACCUGGGUUCUCUCCCUGAUCCACUGGGGCAGUUUGUUAAAGAUGGCAGGCCGUGCGUACCUGUGGUCCAGGAGCAGGAUGCUUGCAAAGUCCUUCUGGUGGCGAAUGGCUCUGCCUGUACAGAGCAUAAAAACAAAAAAUGGCCCAGUCAGGUACUUUGUUCUCAGACAAGGAAGCUCAUGUUCCCAUCAUCUGUACUUAGACUAACUGGGUAAUGCUUCCUUUUUCCCACCCUGCUCCUUCAGUGCAGUCACAUUUCGUAUCCCCCAGCCUGUCCAAGGAAGGAUGAAUUACCUAUCGACUGGUUUACUGCCUUCAUGCACAGGUUUUCAAUCAGCACUCUGCUAGGUGCCUGGCCAGCAGCUCUGGGCUGGAAAGGAGAAAUAGGCAGGUCUGAACAUGAGGCAGAGGUAAAAUCAAACUAGGGAGUCUGAAUGACAACGUGAGGCCAAUGCUUUUACCCCUGCAGAGUGAGCAGGUGGCGAGGCAGACCCCAAGCUGAGAGCAAGGAGGGACAGAAGAAAGGCUGCAGUCAGAAAACUCUGUUGAGCAUUCACAAAGAGCCAGCCCAUGGCUCCCUUGAAGGCAGAAAUACUCUCCCCAGCUGCUUGGGAACAGCACAUCCAGUGAGCAGUAAGAAAGGACAAAUGACCCAAGAAAAGUGAUCCUGGCAAGCAGAUUCUACCACCCUGCCACCCCCUCUGGCGUAAAGGGUCCUUGCUCCCUUUGGAACUCAAAGUUCCCAGUGAGCCCUGGUGGUAUUUCCCUCCACUGAGCUUCUUCCCUGUGUUUGGCAGCACCUGUUCAUGAGCUGCCUGGAGAAGGCUGUGCUCUCGGUACCACACUCUGGGAAACGAGGGCAAGCUCAGAGAAAAACACAACAAAGCCUUCAAAGGCAUCUCUUGCAUGCCUGUGCUGAGAGAAAAGUUAGUACUAUAAAGCAGAAGUGAAACAGGCAGAGGUGUAAGUGUCUCUGUUACCAUUGUUUUGUCAAGCCAAGCCAUUUUUUCCUGAAGCUCUGGAGAUUUAAUGUUGGGGUAGGGCAUUCCCACCAUAAUCACACACCUGCAAGGAAGGGACUGCAUUAUUCUUAAUGUCUCAUCCUGUAGCACUAUGCCAAUACACUGAUAAAUUAGAGGUCACUGCACCCACGAAAGCCAGCCCUGACAACCAAGGGUGGCAAUAAAGCACAGCAGUCUGACAAGCACAUUCUGAACAGAGCUGCAGAGGGAUUCAGGGUGCCAGAACAAGGGAUUAUGUAGCACAGCAAGCCUAACUACAUCAUUCACAGAAAAAGUAGCCUGGACAAGCAGGUUUUCACCACCCAGCAGACCCUCCUGUUGCUUUAAGCGUCAGCUGAAGUCACGUGCUCCCCAGAUUUUCUAUCUGUGCAAGUACUGACGUGACCAUCCUGCUUGGAGUCACCCCAAGUCAGAGCUCACCUCUCAAGAAGGAGCAGUCACCUUACCUUCCCAGGUCAUCUGAGAAGUUGAUCCCUUCACUCAUUUUGCCUCCAACUACAGAAAGCAGCAGGGCCCCUGUCAUCUGUCCUCCUGCCUGGCUGCAGCGCUGCAGGAGAUGGACCAUCAACUUAAACCAGAGUAGGGAAGAUUUCUGUGCUUCAGAAACACUCCCACACCUCAGCUAGAGCCCUCUUCCCCUUGUUAAAGCUGCAGCGCCCUCUUUAGCAGCACUGCCACACCAGUUGGGAUACCACACUCCCACCAGCCUGCCAGUUCAGCUUACCUUUAUGCACUUGGCAUAUUCCACCAGCACCUGCUCCACCUGGUUGGCUUUCUUGGGCUCCUGAAAGAUCUGUCACAGGCACAGUGUGUCAGUCGCAACAACGGGAAGCAAACAGUUUAAAGAAAGCAAAUCAUUUCACUCUCACGCCAUUAAACAGCAUAUGGAACCGAAAUCAGGGAAAGGCAAAUUGCCUGAAAAACCAACUUAACCAGCACCUUUCCUCUCCACUGUGGAAAGGCACUGCAUGUUCAUUUUCCAGCUGAGCUGUGAAGGGAGCAGUAGCUGUUCCUGCCCUUCCAACAUUCCCUUUCAGCUUUGGCAGACUUGUUUAAUUCUGCAAGAAGUUAAAAGUUAUCCAAGAGCUGAGAGGCAGGAAAGCAGUGUGCACCUUUUGCACCUCUGAAUCAAGGUCCUCCAGGGUGAGGAGACUCCCCAGCUCCAAGAUCUUGGAGGACAGUGACAGGACUGAUCAAUUUGAAUCAUUAAUUAAUUAAUUCCAAGUGAUAGCUUCACUUGCCCAGUGAAUAAAUCAGCUCUUUAUGCAAUGCACAAAUAAAGUAAUAUUUCUUUAUGUUAUUCUUGCAUGCCUAAUUAGUUACUGAAAGCCCCUGCAGUUAAUUAAGCUGUAUUUUGAUCGAUGCUGCACCUUGGCCUAAAUCACAAGUUGUUUUCCUAGUAAACAAGAGGUGCAACAUCUGUCUUCUCUGUGACAGUGAAGAACCUAAAGGAUGUGUUUUUUCUUGGUUAGCAAGAACUACUAUCAAAUUUUAUCAGUCAAAACCAGUCCUUCAGUAGAAAAAUAACUGGCAAUUACAAAUAUAGGCCCAAACUAAUUUAUUGAAGAGUAGCUAUUUAAUCCUUUGAUUUAAAUUAAUUUUCCCUACAUUAUUUAUAUACAAUCUCAGUGUGAUGUCACCAGAGCGACCUCAGGACUCGAGCCUUCCUGUGCUAUGGUCUGGUCAUGUGUGGGUAGCUGAAAGUCACACUUGCUGCACUUGUACCAAAAUUGCCUUGCUCAUGCAUAUCCAAUUUGCUGGAGACUGCAAAGGCCAAACAAGAAUAAAUCAGAGCUGAAAGGUACAACAAA